UCCUGUCUCUUCAUGUGCAAUAGGAGUGAAUUGAAUUCCAAGGGCAUUUUUUUUUCAUUUGAAUGUGGGCAGGGAAAUACAACGAAGAGGUCCCUACUUGCUUCUGACUAGUAAAAGAGAUGAACAGCUUGUGCACAGACACUGGAUAGAGUUUCUGGAAAGAAUUCUAACUGCACCUUAUGAAUCUUCAGAAAAAAAAAAUAGUGGGAGGGAUAUCAUAGUAAGGUAAAAGCGGCAACUUAGGUGUCAACAGUUAAACAAGAAGCUUUCAGUUGCAGUAGCUGCAGACUCAGCCUGAUUUUAUUACUGACUGCAAUGUGAAUAAUUGUACCUUUUAAACCAAAAAACUCCAACAGACAUGCAGCUGGAUUGGACUAUUUGUGUAUACAUUUAAAGGACAAAAAAGGCACUAAGGAAGAUAAAAAAAGAAAAAUAUUAUAAUUGUUUGCAGUUUUGUUUUUUUGCUCUGUGGACCCAUCAAUAUGACCUCUGGAUUACAGUACAGUGUCGUUCUGUUCCUUUGUUUUACAGCCUACCAGGAGUCGCAGGCAGCUCAGAACUGUCUCAACAAACAGCAGCUCCUGGCUGCCAUCCGACAAAUGCAGCAGUUUUUAAAGGGCCAAGAGACACGGUUUGCAGAAGGAAUCCGUGUUAUGAAAAGCAGGCUGAACACAUUGCAAAAUUCAGUGAUCAAAGCAAGCCCUGAUCAACCACCAAUUGUCUGUCCGUCCCUGGAGGCUCCAGAUAACGGAAAAAAGUUUGGUUCAAAAUACCUGGUGGACCAUGAGGUACAUUACACUUGUGACCAUGGGUACCAGCUUGUUGGUCCCAGCAGCCGACUGUGCCAAGAGAAUGGAAGUUGGACUGGAGAUGAACCUCACUGCAAAGAUGUCAGUCAGUGUAGCAGCAAUCCCUGCCUAAAUGGAGGCACCUGCUCGGAAGGAAGUGGCCAAUAUCAAUGUAAUUGCCCCCAAGAAUGGACUGGAUCAAGCUGUCAGCAUCAAGUCCAAACAGUGCCUCCUGACUGGACAUUUUCUAAUGAUGCAGCUUUUAACCGUAAACCACGAUGCGCCAGAAUUGACCGUACGCAACAUUGCAGCUGUGAUGCUGGCUUCCAAAUGAGUGGCAUGUCUGAAAACAGCAUAUGUCAAGAUGUGAAUGAGUGUGAGGUUUACAAAGUAGAGGGGGCACCGCAGCUCUGCAUGCACACCUGCAUCAACAUUCCUGGGUCUUAUCGAUGUUCUUGCCCUUCUGGUUACAAGCUACUUGAAAAUGGGAAAAGCUGUGAAGAUAUAGAUGAAUGCAGUACAGGACAGAACAACUGCACCAGAGGAUUGAUGUGCAUUAAUACAGGAGGUGGCUUUCAGUGUGUCUUUCCUGAGUGCCCUAAAUCCACUGGGAAUAUCAGUUAUGUGAAAACAUCACCCAUCCAAUGUGAGCGUAACCCAUGUCCAAUGGAUAGUAGAGCAUGUCAUCAUGCACCAAAGACCAUCUCUUUCCACUAUCUGUCUCUGCCUUCAAAUGUUCCCACUCCCGUCACCCUUUUUCGCAUGGCGACUGCCUCUGCUCCUGGGCGUCCUGGGCCUGACAGCUUACGCUUUGGAAUUGUUGGAGGAAACAGCAGAGGGAACUUUGUCAUGCAACGAUCAGACAGGCAGACCGGGGAACUUAUUCUUGCUCAGAGCCUACAAGGGCCUCAAACAAUAGAAGUGGACGUAGACAUGUCAGAGUACUUAGAUCGCACAUUCCAGGCCAAACAUGUCUCCAAGAUUACUUUUUUUGUUUCUCCUUACAACUUCUAAAAGGAAUAAUUUGGAAAAAUCAAACAUGUCAAGAAUUUAUUCUGACAAAGAUGAGGACUAACUGUACAAAAUGUAUUUACAAACUGACUAUUGUACUUUAUGGACUAUAGUACAAGCAAUGAAAACAAAAAAAAUCAAUGAGUGUGUACAAAAUACUUUUUUAAAUGAAGUAACAUAAGUAAUGUGUAAUAAACUGCAAGUUACUUGGACUAAUUCAUAUAUAUUUCCUUUAUUUUCAUUAAGCAGGUUAAUCCUUUACCAAAGAUCAAUAAAAGUCUCUAGAAUG